AUGACCAACAUGAUUCUCUCACCUCCAGCAACGCCUAUGUUCACCGAGAUGAAGGACACUCCAGAGAACUUGUCUUCGUUUGUGCAGACAUUCGUUGCAUCAACGUUCCCUCCAUCCAAGAAGCAGAUGCAGACAAACAUAUACACACCACCCGCCUCUCCAAUGUCACCGCAAUUCAACCAAGGUCCACACUCUGAGCUUCAAGACUUUGCAUACUAUAUAAUAACGCGUGCUGAGCUCUGCACAGAAGCAGCGCUAUGCGCAUUGGCUCUGUUAGCACGUCUUCGCAGAAGAUUGCCUCGCGCAAGAGCUGAAUCAGGUCCAAGACUCUUCCUUGCCGCUAUGAUUGUCGCAUCCAAGGGACUCUUCGAUAUCGCAUACAAUAACCCUGGAUGGUAUGAAAUAGCUGCAGGCUGUCCUGCUAUUGAAGCAGACUUUGCCUUGGCAGACAUUAACUUGAUGGAGCGCCAGCUGCUAGCACACUUGGAUUAUCGUGUUGCCGUAUUUGGUGAUGAAAUUCUCGCUUUACGUAGAAUAUACACCACUGGAUCAGUACAGCAACCAUUGGUGAAAUCGCAAUCUACCAACACGUCAAUCAACAGCCUCAUCACGCCACCACCAUCACCGCUAGAUAUGCCAUUCUUAGAUCAAUCACAGUCACAAUCGCAAUCGCAGUCACAAUCAUUCAAUGAACCAGUGCCACCACCACGCCCAUACAAGUCACGCGUCAGAAAUUCAAUUGGAGGUACACAAGAUAUUCAGCAAUAUCAAACAUUCGCUGAGCCAAUGACAAUUUAUGCGAGAAGACCGCGUGCAGUACCACUGCCACCACUGUUGCCUGUUCAAUCGAGCGCAUGUUCAAUGGAGACAGGACCAUUCACAGCACCUAUUAAUAGCCAAGCACCACAGUAUCCUCAGUCAUUUGAGAAUACAACACGCUCACACCGUCGCUGGCUCUAA